GUCAGUGACCGUCGAAAGAAACACAAAGUUCUCCGAAAGAACUUGCAAUAAUUGUCUACCUAUCAAGAUGGCAGGCACUCUACUGACCUGCUGUCUUACGCCAACGGAUAAACAGGCCUUGAAUCACAGCAAAGAUAUCGACAAACAGCUUCAGAGAGAUAAAAAUUACAUUCGAAGAGAAGUGAAGGUGUUGCUCCUCGGUGCAGGCGAGAGUGGGAAAAGCACGUUUUUGAAGCAGAUGAAAAUCAUCCAUGAACAACAAUUUACAGAUCAAGAAGUGAAAGAGUUCCGUAACAUCAUCUAUGGAAAUAUUAUCAAGGGUAUGAAAGUGUUGGCAGAUGCCCGUGACAAGUUGGGUAUACCAUGGGGUGAUUCAGGCAACGAAAAGCAUGCCGAGUUUGUCAUGAGUUUCAACACUCAAGCUGCCCAGCUCGAACCACCUCUGUUUGUCCAAUACGUGCAACCCUGUGUGGAACUGUGGAAAGACAGUGGGAUUCAAAGUGCGUUUGAUAGAAGAAGAGAAUUUCAACUGGCUGACUCUGUUAAGUACUUCUUGGAUGAAAUUGAUCGAGUAGGCAGAAAGGACUACAUACCAAGCCUGACUGAUAUCCUCCACUCUCGUAAGGCCACCAAAGCCUUCCAGGAGCAUGUCAUCGACAUCAGGAAUGUGCCCUUCCGCUUCGUUGACGUCGGCGGCCAGCGCUCGCAACGGCAGAAGUGGUUCCAGUGCUUUGAGAGCGUGACCUCCAUCCUCUUCCUGGCAUCGUCAAGUGAGUUUGAUCAGGUCCUCAUGGAGGACCGCAUCACCAACCGUCUCCUGGAGUCGUGCAACAUCUUUGACACCAUCGUCAACCACAAGUGCUUCGCCAGUAUUUCCAUUAUCCUCUUCCUCAACAAAACGGACUUGCUAGAGGAGAAGAUCAAGCAUGUUAGCAUAAAGGACUACUUCCCCAACUUCCAGGGGGACCCGCACUCGAUGAACGACGUUCAGAAUUUCAUCCUCAAGAUGUUUGACGUAAGGCGCAGGGAACGCGGCAGCAAGGCACUCUUCCACUACUUCACAACGGCCGUGGACACUAACAACAUCAGAUAUGUGUUUCAAGCAGUACGGGACACUAUCCUUCAAGAGAACCUCAAGCGAUUGAUGUUGCAGUGAUGCAAACUCUCCUUUCUUUUCCUAGUGCCUAGUCCCAUAAAUACCCCUCUGUGUUAGCUCGGUGGAGUCCAUCUGGCAAUUUUUAUACCUUCAUUCACAGAGGAGCUUGGAAUUUGUUAUUGUCAAAGAAGAUUGGAACAAGAUUGGAACAAGAUUGGAACAAACAUAAAGUUGUAAAGAAGAUCAGCGCUGAUUGAUCCAUUCUGAGGAUCGCAUCGGCUUUCAGAUCUUUUUGCUCAUUUUUGUUUUGCUGUUAUAUCAAAAUGUAUUAUAUCUUAGGAAAAGAAUUUGCAAUUUUCUGUACUGCUUAAUACUAAGUGUCGCAUGUGGGAAACUACAGAUGUUGCUCUCAUGUCAUGUUGGUGACCAGACUCCAAAGAUUGAAAAAUCACGAUUAAAAUCAUUCAGUGUAUUUGAUUUCAGAGAAAUGUGAUCAAUUAGAUGUAUACUGUACAUGUAUGCUGCAUUUUCAAUUGUUUUCAAUUGUAGAAGCUAGACAGGUAGGUUGAAUUGACUCUUGCAUCUGAAGAAAGUCAUUAAAACUUCUGCAGACUAAACGCACAGUAGCAUGCUAUACAUGUAGUUUGUAACAUCAUCCCUCUGUCACCUACAAUGUAUACAGUACAUGUGCAUUAGAUGUCAAUGUAUACCUGCAUGUACCAGCAUUCAUACUCUAGCUAGCCAGGUACAUAAUGUCAAAUGACACAAGUAAGUAUCGUUUUAC